ACAAAUUUUUUGGUUUACACACGAUACAAUUUUAUAUCGUACAAAAAUGGCGAAGCUUUUACUUGCGUGCUUACUCAUAGCGACAGCCGUGGUUUGCAUUAGCGCAACCAAGGGCUCCGGAUCCGGCAACAAAGAGAACAGUCGGCCCGGCAGCAGCAGCGGUGAUAAAGGCAAGUCUAACGUGCCGACCCUGACCAAGCUGUGCAUCGAUGAAGUUGCCCACCAGAUGGUUCCCAAAUUCGCCGAAAAGUACCAGGCCGUUGUAAAGGGCAUCCUCUAUCCUCACGACAAGGCGCACGCCAGGGACCGAGUCGAUGAAGAAGUCAAGCAUAUCCUGGAUACUCAUUAUCACGUUCCCCCCGGAGCGAUCAACGAGCUGGUGAAGACCAUCCGGGAACAUGCGGAAAAGCUGAAGAACCCCGAGAAACGCAAACAUGUUGAGGAUCCCGUUGACCCCAAAGUACUCGGCAUGGUUCCACGAUGCAUCAAGAAGCCCAAGGCAUGAGUGUAUUGCCACUGCGUUUGCUUUGGAAGUUGUCUUUAUACUUUGCGGAUUUUUAAAGUUUUGUGGCCCUGUAUAUAUGUAUAUUUAUACUUUUA